CUUUAUUCAAGCCCAUGUAUCAACCAACAGGACUCUUCAAGCUCACCGGAUUGGCGGUGGUUACUUUUUAUCUUUUAUUUUCUCCAAUUCAAGCCAUAGAUGUCACAUACUGCGAUAAGAAGGGGGAUUAUAAAGUAAAGGUCCAUGGAGUUGAGAUAAUACCUGACCCUGUAGUGACAGGCCAACCAGCCACUUUUAAAAUUUCUGCCUUUUCAGCUCAAGCUAUCCCUGGUGGGAAAGUGGUGAUUGACGUUUCUUACUUUGGAGUGCAUGUCCAUCAAGAAACACAUGAUCUUUGCCAAGAAUUGUCCUGUCCUGUUGCUGAAGGAGACUUUGUGCUGUCUCACACCCAGACUUUGCCUGGUUUCACUCCUCCAGGCUCUUACAAACUUAAGAUGACAAUGGAGGACAAGAACAACCAAAAGUUGUCUUGCUUUAGCUUCAAUUUCAAAAUCGGUUUUGGAUCGUUGAUCUCCGAUAGCUGAGCCAAAAAGCGUGCGAUGUAAUUGCGUGGUUGAAUAUAAGUUUUAGGUCUUUGUACAUAAAAACACUUACUGCUAUCCAAAGAAGUGUCCCAAACAGCGCGUUGUGUGUAGCAUAUAAAGACAGGGCCAUUGUUGUUGAAUGGUUUUACCGUUUACGAGUAAAUUAAAAUACUCAACUCCUAUCUUCUUCAGCUAAUAAUUCAAAGUUUUACCUUAUCAUCUUC